CAAAAGUAAACACAACGCCAACGCCAUGAGUUUUUUUUCAUACGAUCUACGAACUGGUAAUUUAUUUUCACGCAUUACACAAGUAAUUGCGUUAUCGUUUUAAUUUACUAUAUAAUUAAACAAAUUUUAUAUAAAUGUAGAUGAUUAUUAAUCAAUUAAUUAUUUCACAAACUAAUUAGUUAUUGAUUAUCAAUAAAAGAGCGUGUAAGAUACUCAGUGUUGAGGCUGUGUUGGCCGGGACCGCCAUUUUUCACUAUAUAUUUAUAAAUAUAUAUACAUAUAUACAUACAUAACUCUAAAAAUAAAUUUACAAAAAUUAUACACGUGAACAUCAAUAAUUUAAUAAUAAAUAAUGGCACGUAGCCGUAAGGAUAGUGGAGGUAAAAGUGAUGCGGAAGUACCGGAAAAAGAUAAACGUGAGAAAACUCGUGACAAGGAUCGUAAAAAACGCGCGGUGUCAUCCUCGAGCAGUGGCAGCAGUUCGUCAGACAGCAGCUCAGGCUCAUCUAGCUCGAGCAGUGGCAGCAGUUCACGAUCAAGCUCAUCAUCGAGUAGCUCGUCAAGUAGCUCCGGUAGCUCCUCAGGAAGCUCAAGGGAACGGACACGCAAACGCAGUCGCAGCAAAAGUGCUGAUGGUAGUCGCAGACAUGACAAUAAAGACAAAGAACGUGAGAGGGAACGUGAAAGAGAACGAGAACGUGAUCGUGAUAAGGAUAAGGAUAAAAAGAAGGCAACAAAUUCUGUUCCUGAAAAACCUAAACCUAAAGGACGGUCCAGAUCUCCAUCAGCAAGAAGAUCAACAUCACCACGAAGAAAACGUCGCGAACGUUCACCAAUACCACGGCCGACAAAAAUUCACAUCGGACACUUGACACGUAAUGUCACGAAAGAACAUAUUGUAGAAAUAUUUUCAACAUAUGGACAAAUAAAACUAGUUGACUUUGCAAUUGAUAAAUUGCAUCCAAAUCAUGGACGUGGAUUUGCAUAUGUAGAGUUUGAGACUGCCGAUGAGGCUGAAAAUGCAAUGAAACAUAUGGAUGGAGGACAAAUUGAUGGUCAAGAGAUAACAGCUGCUCCAGUAUUGCUGCCUAAACCGAGAAUAAUACCCAUGCGCAGAAUGUCACCACCUAUGAAUAGACGCGGUCCUAUGAGAUGGGGAGGCGGAGGCGGUGGUGGUGGACGCAAUUCGCCACCACGUUAUCGCCGACGCUCGCCGAUGAUGAAUCGCAGGCGCAGUCCACGUCCGCCAAGACGUAGACAGAGAUCACGUUCACGGAGUCCUAUGAACAAUCCGCGACAUCGUCAUCGAAGAUACACACGAUCUAGCUCAAGCAGUUCACGAUAACAUAUUAAUGAUAAAUAUAUAAUACUACUGUAUGUGUGUGGUAAAAAUAUCAUUCUAUCAAUCAACCAAUUUUUUGUUGUAAGUAAAACGCGAUAUAUUCUUGUAUAUCGAAUGGUUUGUUUAUUAUUCACAUGAGCGUAAUUGAAUGUGUUACUUUUUUUUAUCUGAAAAUGUAUUCAUAAAAAAAAUGGUAAUUAUACGUGAUAAAAAGUAAAUGAUUUGUAGCAUUUACUUUUAACAUCAACUAAAAAAUAAAUUUAAUAACAAACGUCUUUCUAUUUUUAUCACGAUUGCGUAUCUAAAAAAUAUUAAUAAGUGUAUUAAUGAAUUUUACUGUAGACUGUAUGAGAUUUAAAUAUUAAGAUUCAUUUAUAUUCUCAAAUUUAUUUGAGUUUUAUUGUAAAUGUUUAAUAAAUUUCAAGCUGAUUGGGAAAAAAA